AUGGUCACCCCAUCGUCCAAGGAGAAGGCACAGAAGCAACAGCAGGGUGAGAUGACCCCUGCCCCUGGUGAUGCCCGCGGGACCGGCAACCCCAGUCCCGGUGCCUCGGCCCCCUCAGUCUCCAGUGACCUGUCUCCAUUGGUAUCCUUGUCUCCAUUUUCUCCAGGGUCUCAGCCUAGCGGUCGCCGCCGUUCUCGGGUUUCUUCGUCGGGUCACGAAUCCCGGCCGGGUCCUGCCCUCCGGAGUCAGGCCAAAGCAGCAGGUCCAGCUCUCCGCAGUCAAGCAGCCAGGCCUGGCCCUGCAGUCUUCAAUGGUGAUGCCCCACCGCCAGGCCCCGCCUUCCGCAACCAUGCUUCUGGGUUGGGCGCUGCUUUUUGCAGUCUUUCAUCUGCCCCAGGCCCUGCCCUGCGAGGUGGUGCUUCUGUGCCAGGCCGCGCUCUCCCGCGUCGUCAUUCAUCCACGUCAGGUCCUGCUUUCUGCCGCCGUGCAUCUGAGCCAGGCCCGGUUGCCCCAGGGCGCCGUGCAUCUCAUUCAUCCACGCCAGGUCCUGCUUUCCGCCGCCGUGCAUCAGAGCCAGGCCCUGCUGCCCCAAGGCACCGCGCGCCCGCGACCGGGCCGGCUCCCCGCCGCCGCGCGUCCGCGACCGGGCCGGCUCCCCGCCGCCGCGCGUCCGCGCAGGUUCCUGCUCACAGCCGCCGUGUCUCCGCGCGGGGCCCUGCCCCAACCCCUGCUUCCCGUGGCCGUGCAUCUAGGCCAGGCCCUGCUCUCCGCAGCCCUGCAUCCGGGUCAGGCCCUGCCCUCCGAAGCAGAGCCAACCCGCUAGGCCCUGCCCUCCACAAUGGCUGUGCACCUCCAGGCUACGUCCUCCGGAGCCACUCCACCCAGACUUCAUACCCUAGAAGCCGUCCCUCUCUGCCUGUGCCUUCCGGCCUGAGUCCUUCUCCUGGGUUGGCCUCACAAGAAUUUGUGAGCAACUCAAGCUCUCCUAAUCCUGAGGUUCCAAGCCUUGAUACCCAGCCCCGUUGGCAUGCAGUCCGUAUGCGGGCCUCCUCUCCCUCACCUCCUGGUAGGCUCUUCCCUUUCUCUGGGCAGAGUGAUGAGGGCUCCUCCUCUUCCUCCUUCCCCUCCUCCGGGUCUCCUGGCCAGAGCUGCUGCUCCACCUCCACCUUCUCCAACUCCCUCUUCUCCUUCUCUUCCCCUUCUUCCUCCUCCUCUUCUUCCUCCUCCUCCUCCAAUGAUUUUUCUGACCAGUGUCCCUCUUCCCCAAAGUUUUGUGGCUUGGGCUCCAUCUCCACUCCUAGUCCUGCAAGCCUCAGGCGUGCCUUACUGCCAGAGUUUGAAACCCUGAGCCCUCUCUCUUCAGGACAGCAGGUUGAAAUAGGGAGCGUGCCUUCUCCCACUACACCCCCUGGGGUGUGAGCUACCAUGAGUAUAUUCCUAAAACGACAAAAGGAAUUAGCAUGCACCCACUGACCUGAAGGGAGUGCCUGCUCUGCAGUUUCCUUUGAGGUUUAUGAGUGUUCUAGCUAUUAACCAACAUUAUGAGAAAUUUUGUUGCUGUUUGCUGAGUAGUUUUGAAGCCUCUCCUUCCCAUAACUGCACUACCUAGCAUUUAUCUGCUUUUGGCCCUUGAUUUCAGGCCUGCUUUUUCCUCAUAAAGGCCUGCCUUUGCCCCUGAGUUGAGAUUGCCCUUUUCCAAGUUCCCUUUAUAGAAUGACGUUUUUGAAUGAAUACAAUAAAAAUGUUUGACUUCA